CUUGGGGGCGCCUUCGCUCCUCCGCAUAAUUAAGUCCAGCAGCGCAAGACAGCGCACCCGACGACUCUCACCUCAUAGAAACGAGCGUGAAUGCGUUCGUAUAAGACGAGAACGUAAGGCGAAGGCAUACAGCGUGGAGCAGUGCCCGACACCAUCAGGCUCGAGGUGGCCUAUUCCCCAGAGUCAGCCUCCAGAUGCGUGGAAGGACUGCGCGGCGCCGUUGGAGCGCUUCGUCCAGCGUGAACAGGCAGGCGCAGGAUGCCGUGACGGCAUUCGACGUCGUCAUGGCGCAGAGCCACGACCACGGCCAUGCGCCUGCUCACCAUCACUCUGUCGCGCGAGUCAGCGCCAGCGGGAACCCGCAUGGUGGCAGGGCGCACCAACCCCUGCACACCCAACGUCAUCACGCUGCCAUCGCUCACGACGAGCUGCUGCCGCAGGUAAUGGAACACCCUAAACCUUGCAACUCGACGGCUUGUCAUCGGGAAGCGCUGAACAUCUCGGAGCAACUGGAUGAGUCCGUGUCACCCUGCGAUGAUUUUUAUACGCACGUCUGCGGGCGCUGGACGCAGCGGGUCGCAGUGCCCAACGGCUCUGCCAGGGUCUCAGUGGACACCCUGACCCAGGACCACCUCACCCAUCUCGUGGACGGAGCCUUCGGGCGCUACUCCGAAGAGCUGGAGCGGGUCGCCGACCUGUACAACGAGUGCCGGAACCACAAGUCGGGAGACUUCGAGCGAGCGCUGUUCGACGAGCUGGUUCGCGGCUUCGGAAACGUGAGCUGGUACCUGAGCAUCCGCACCAUGGCUAGCCGGCUGCGAAAGUCGGUGUGGCCCUUGUUUCGGGACGUGGGCGACACGAAGCUGUCAAGGAGCGUCGGCGUCUUCUACCGGACCGUCAACGAGCCGGCGCUGUUCUCUAUCAAGCCAACCACGGACAGCGACUUCCCGAAUGAGACGCUCAUCUCCAUCGGCCUGCCCACACUGGUGAUGGGGUCGUUCAUCCAGCACUCCUCCAAGAUGCGCGAUGACGGCAACGACUACAGUUACGUGUCCGAUGCGAUGGACAUGAUACUUGGCCAGAACAACCUGACACACGGCAUCAAGGUGAACGUGCUGAACGUCGAACUCACGUUGGCGCGUGCCAUCGGCACCACCGUGCCCGAGGCUCCGAGGCUGGUGCAGGUCCAGGAGCUGCCAAGUGCGGGCAAGCUCAAGUGGGACGCGCUGUUUCGCUCUAUGAUGGCCGAGGCGGACAUGAACUUCUCGUCGGUGUACGUGUCGGUGGACUCGAUGCGCUACCUCUACGCUUUGCAAGAGGCACUCAACGAGUUGCAAGACGUGGAGAUCUUGGCCUACCUAGGGUUCCGCACCAAGCUUCUUCUGGCCCCGCUACUGAUGGACAAUGAGUCGCUCUCCCUGCUGGGAGCACUGGCCGUGUCCUCGUUUCCAGAGUGGCAUCCACCACUGAGCAGAGAACACUACUGCGUGCGCUUCUUCGAUAAACUGGAGCCCGCCUUAUCGCUGUACGCGGCGCGCGAUGACAUCGGCCAGAGCCUGAGGCGCCUGCGGGCCGUCUCACUCGUCGAUGCGCUGAAGAAGGCUGUCUACGAGGAGAUGGCCACGCUGUUCCCGAAACCGUUCCUCAACCACGUGAGCCGCAUCCUGCGCUCGGCCAAAUGGACCGCCCUCAUGCCAGACUGGGCACACACUGCGCUGUUGCGAGCCAAAUACGUCGACUACUUCUAUUCGAAGGUGGGGCGAGCACCGGUCCACCAGCAGUUUUCGCUGCUCAUCAAGCUUAAGAACGCCAACCAGUACCAGCGCUACUUGACAGGCAUCUUCUUCGACGCACCUUGGACUGGUGGCCUGCUGAGGACUUCGGCAGCGGUCGGUGAGGACCGAGUCGACGUGCCUCCAGGGGCGUUCGACUUCUUCCGCGCCGACGCCGACGAGCCCUCGUUGGUUCCGCUCCAGAUGGCCCGGCUGGGACCCCGCGUAGCGACCAGCGUCUACCGGUUCGUGUUCGCCAAGGUGGAUUUUUCUGCGAUGGGCGCCGGCCGGAGCACGCACUCCGACGGCUCUCCGGCGCAUAGUCCCACGCGACUGCUCGACAAACUCGGCCAACCCCGUCGCAGCGACGACCACGGUUUCAACGGUGCCCUGCUGUCUCCGACGCCCCUGUGUCCUCCCAUCUCGUCGCCUCCACCGCGACCAGCCGUCGACGAUCGGUCAGCCAUACCCUCCCCUCCUCCUGCGUCCAUGUCCUCGAGAGUGCCCGUCGUGACGACGACCCGAGUCCCCUCGACGUCCGGCGAACGCCGCCACUCCAUGCGAGCCGACAGCCCCAUGCCCAAGCUGCAGGCGGAAGCCAGGAGACUGAGCGACCCCCGUGACGAGCAGACGCGCAAGCACGGCGACCACCACCAGCAGCAGGGCGACCUCGAGAGCCAGAUCAGGGAGAUCGAGCAAAUGACUGACGGCAUCCUCGAAGACAUCGAAGCCGAAAACCUGGGCAGCUUUAGCACGGGCCACGAUCCUUCGACGGCUACGAAGACGACCGCGCUGAAAGGUCCGCAUCAAGAUGUGGGCGGCCCGCUAGACUCCGGCAAGUCGGCCGUACCGCUCAGAGGCUCCUUCGAGCGCGGCCUCUUCAGCGACGCAGGGAAGUUCACGGCGCUCGGCAGGCCUCAACUGCCACCGACGCGAUCGUUGGAACGUGGGGGCCGCAGGGCGUCAAUACCUUGGGAGGCCGCCGUGGCAGGCUCGAGGAGCGGGGGACAUCGCUACAAGCCGCACAGUCGCAGCACGGGUUCCGAGGUCAGGUCGCAGUCGCAGCCAGUCGCUGGACUGGCAGCGGCCGGACGUCAUCGCGCCCAGAUGAGGACUCAGUUCGGCGAGAGAGCUGAGAUGACACACAGUCCUUUUCUUGGUCACGUGCCGAGGAACAACGUUGCAGCCACACAGCUACCAGAUAAAAAAGCAAGCUACGACUACAGUAAGUUUCAUCAAGCGAACCAGCGGGAGCAGAAAGGACAUUCAAUCUUUGGAGGUGGUCACCAGCUUGACGCCGCCGAGGUCGCCGCUGAUGCACAACGAAGCUUCAACAAGGCAGACAGUCUACAAGAUAGAGCGAAACAUUUUCCACCAACUCAAGAAGGCGGUCCCGUUGAGUACGACAUAUCGGAAAAACUCAUCUUGGAAGACAUUGAAAAAGAAUACUCGAUCACGUAGCGCUUGCGACCGUUUUAUAGCAAUACAUUCUCUCCGGUGGCGGUGUCAUUGCUUGUGUCGUGCACUCUAGCGUUCUUCAAUCUGGCAUGAAUGAGUUAGCUCAUUCUAAUGCGCACUUAGCCUGAAAGCGGUUCACGGAGAGCUCGGGUGGUGUACAUAAGAACUUAGCGUGACCAGAAAGAGAACAGCCUGUUAAAUCGGACACCUCCGAUUAUUCAACCGCUGCGUCAACCAGUUUCCUAAGACCAAAGGCGAACUUGUGCGGUUGUCCUCAUCCUACCCAGAAAUUCAAAGCAACUCAUUUAGUUCACUUGCUCGCGAGCAGUGGUCUUCAAAAUUCUGAAUUAGCAGUGAUAAAGUCACUGCUUGUGGUUCGAUGCAAUAAACAGUGGCAUGUGUAAAUAGAAAGGAAGUCGAAGUCCAUAAAAGUAAAAAUUCAACCCUCGCUCACCAGUCUGCAUACAGCUGUU